AUGGCUUCAUUUUUGCAUUCUUGCUUAAAAGUGCCAAUUGAUCCGUGUAAUAAUUGUCCAGCUCCCGUCUAUAAUCGACCCAAGAUGUAUUUGGGCCGUUUGUCUAUGACACCAACCGCAGCCAGUGCAACAUUGCAUACAACAACGAAAACCUGUAAUUCCGAUGUCAUCGAUAGCAAGUGGUCUUGCAGUAGUGGUAUACGCCCACUGACAAAGUUCUACGAUAGCAUACCAGAUUACGGUGCAUUAACCCACUUAACUGAGGAGGAAUUCUAUUCAACUUUGGAUACUUUAAGAAGUACCUGUCGUGAGUUGAAAACGAAACCCACGGAUUUGUGUGUUACCGAUGAACGUUGCAGCAGUAGUACAACAACCAGUUCUUCACUGUCAUCCCACUGUCAAAGUAAAAAAUCCAAAAAGUCCAAGAAAAAGAAAAAAUCCAUUGCUAAAAAUCAUCGUGGAGAUAUAUCAGCAUCUCAAGAGUCGGAAUGUAUUCUAGAUUUUACCACUAGGGAGAAAUCGAACUUUAUUCCAGAUUCAGGUUAUAACUUAUCGGAAAAUAAGUUUUGUGGAAAUACAUUUAGCUCCAAAAGUUUGAAAAAGGAACUGGAGGAAGAAGUUGAAAGAUUCAAAAAAUCCUUGAAAGAAUACGAAUCACAAUUCAAAAGACCAGCCACACGUAAUUCUUCCCAAUUAAAUAGAAAUGAAUCCAGAUCAUUUACACGAUGCUCAUCGAAAGAGAAAACUGAUGAUCUGAAGAAAGAUGCUACUGAAAAAGUACCUGUUAGAAGCAAUUUCACAUCAACCCUACGUGAGCGACUACGGAAAUCACUCUCAUUCAAUGAUAUACAUUCUAUAACGGAACCCAUCGAAUUAAAAGAACUUCGAGAGAAGACGAAAACGUUAGAUAAACUAUCGUUUGAAGGUAAUAAAGAUGCUCAUAAGGAUGACAAUAAAUUAAGUAAUUACUUUGUGGAGAACGCUAACAAAAGAAAUGGUGUUGGGAAAUUACCUCGUUUUAAUAGGAAUAUACCGAAAAUUGUUGUUGAAACUCCCACCACAGAUACAUCUUCCGAUAGAGCGAAUAGUGUAACGAAAUCUAAAAGUAAAUACAAUGAAGACAACUAUAAAAUUCCUUUUAAAAUUUUUGAUUUGGAAUCGUCCAAGAAAUCACAAUGCAGAAAGCAAAACACUCCAUCCCCAAUACAUCCAGUUGCUCGACCUAAUCUGGCUGCCACUUUGAGAGUGGAGUGUUCCAAAAAGAAAGUGAAGGAACUAAAGAACAACUGUACAUAUCACGAUAAGACGCCACAAGUUGAUUGGGAGGUGCGAAAAACCCCAGCAUGGAAGACAUUGUCUAUGAACGAAACCCAUCAAGAAAUUAUCAAACUUCGUUUGGCAACACGUAAGGCCGAACAGGCAUUACAAAAACGUGAAUACGAAUUGAAUAUGGAAUUGAUGAGGCAACGUGUUAAAUCUGCACCUUUGCUAUUGGAAGGUCCAACAUAUUGGGGACCACAUGUCGGCAAACUUUCCCACAAUUGCCAACGGGAGGGCAGACGUCAUAUGUGCCAAACAAAUCAACGUAAACGCACAAAGAAAAACUCGUCCCGCACCCACAGUUGUAGACGUGGUCUAUUCCAUCAUUCGGAUCCUGGUUUGGAAUAUGAACAUUUUUUGGAAACAUCAACCAGACCCAAUGUCAAUAGAUCACAAGAAUCCAGUCGAAUGUCUCAAAAAUUAAAUACACUGCGUAAAAUAUAUGGAGGCAGUGCUGGCGGUGGAAAAUCUCAAUCGCGUUGUUCAAAUUACAGUACAAACACACAUAAUUCCGGAAAAUCAUGUAGUACAAAAAAGAAAUCACAAGAAAAGAAAACUACAACCAAAUCGGAAGAGAAUUUUGUAUUGCUGGAAAAUGAUAGUGGCGAUGAGCUGUCUAGUUUGGAUAGAGCAUUUUUGUAG